GAUACGUGUUCUGACUUGAAACGAUUCAAUUCACGAGCAAAACCGUAGAAAGAAAUAUCAUCCUUGAUACUAGAGACAACUCACUUCAGUUGAUAGUGAACAUAGUGGCAUUGUAUGAUGAUCUUACCAUGAUAUUUUUUGUGCAGUUUUGAACAUCUGAUAAAACGAUUCAAACGCUUGAAUUUACCGGAAUUACUUAUUGUCUCACUGCAGACAUGAUGUCGUUAUUUUAUGAGUAGCAAUUUGCGAAUUUGUGAUGCUAAUUUGCAACUUCAAGUUGACUUGUUUACAUUGGGCACAUCCAAAAUAAAAUACUUAAUAGACAUGUUUGACUACCUAUCCAUUGAUGAACUUUCAGUACAUAUGGGGCUUCUUUGCUGAUGGUAUACUACAAAUAUUUUAUAAAUUUAUGUGAAUGCGAUGGCUAGCGUGCUAGCAAAUCAAGAAAAUUUUUUUUGACAGCAGGUGUUGAUAAUUUUUCUACGAAGAUUACUUCAGAUGAAAAGCAUCUUCUUGGAAUAACAAGAGAUAUUCAAUGGCAUUGCAUGGUUCUAUUGCGGUUUCCAGGUAAUAUUGGGGCGUCGCUAGAGAACGGACACACAUACAGCAUUGAGACUUCGAAUAGUAAUACUGAAUAUUGCUUUAUGGUAAGUUAUAUUGUAUUGUUUACUUCAUAUCACAAAUUUCCUUAUCUUAUUCCUUAUGAAUUCAUACAGGUCAUGACCCCUUAAUCACAUGAUAAAAGUUUACAAAAUCCUCAGAGCAACCGAGACAGCAGAUUUAUCCUAUACCGUGGUUCUGGUGAGGUGGUGAUCUUCUCCUGUCAUUUACCUAUAUUGUAAAUGGUUUGAAAAACGGAAGACGUGUUUCCAAGAAAUUUUGACAUGGACAACUUGGCCAAGUCUCUAGUUGAUGUUGGUAAAACAGCCCAGUGUAUUGCUGGUGAUGCUAUCCAUGCCAGUUUUUCAUAUGUUAAAGGUGGUGGCUUUUCAAUUAAGAUUGGUAGUAAUAGUGCUCAAGUGGUGAGAGAUGUCUGUAUUACUGCUGUAACAUUGAGUGCUAUUUACGCUGGUUACCAGCUCAUAGCACGAAAAAUUGAUGGUGCUGUUUCGCGGGCUCUCGGCGGAGAACGAGAUGACCAAGAAAUUCGCGAUAUUAAACCAGGUUCUCUGCACAUCCAACUGCAUUGUUCUACAGAUGAAAGAUUUCUGGAGAUUGUUGAGGAAUACGAGUGUGGAAAAAUGAAGGAACGCUUCAAUAAGGAGUUCAACGAAAUUGGAGUUGAAGUGGAAGGAUUGGAAGUAGAGAUUGAAAACAUGGAUGAAGUAAAAACACGUAAAGAAAUGAUUUUAAGCUCUAGAAAAGAUGAUGGUAUUGUGAUCGAAAAUGAUGGAAUAGAUCUCAAUGAAAUGGAAAUAAUUGACAAAAACGAAGUGACUGGUGGAAAGGAGACGAAGGAAACAGGUAUGGCAAGCUUGUUUUUUGUCCAUGAAGGGGAGAUGCUUCACCAGGCAUCCAUCCACGACGUUGAUGAUCUUCUUCUCUCUCUGCUGACAUCAAAAGGAAAUGGUGAUGCCAAUAGUAGAGACAAUUAUGGCAGAUCAGCUGUCCACACAGCUGCACAACAUGGCAGUGAAAAAUGCCUAAAAAUAUUGCUUGAUUAUGGAGGAAAUCCAAAUUUAGUUUCAUCUCCUCCUGAUCAUUGCUCUACACCUGUUCAUCAUGCUGCUGUGAAUGGUCAUAUCUCCUGCAUCAAGCUGUUAGUUGAGAGAGGAGCGGACUUGGAUAUUCCCAAUGCUAAUGGCAAGAGACCGGUUGACCUAGCGAUACAAGAAGGUCAUGUUAAUUGUGUUCAAUAUUUACACAGAGAAGCAGCUCGUAGACAGAUGGAACAGCAAAGGUUGCUUGAGGAAGCUAUUUUCACUGAGACAGCAAAUGGUAGAUUCCAUCGUGUUCAGGAUAUCAUCCAGAAACUCGGUAGUCAUUUCAACGUUGAGAAACAGUACAACGCUGGUGAAACAUUAUUGUUGAAAGCAUGUGAGAAAGGUAGUGCGGAGAUUGUAAAGUUAUUGUUGGAAAAUGGUGCAACAGGACAGUGCAACCAGUUCACUGGCAUAUCACCGCUCUAUGCUGCCUGUGUUAAUAACAAUGUUGAUGUUGUUAAAGCUUUACUGGAGAAAUUUCCAGAAUUAGUUAAGCAAGGAACGAAAGUUGAGAACAACAUGCCUCUUCAUAUUGUAUGUGGGAGUGGAGAUGUUGCCAUUACAAAGCUGAUGGUGCAAACAAACGAUGGAUCUGAUCCAUAUCCGUGCAUUGGACUUGAUAUCAACUGUCAAACAACGAGUGGUAUGACUCCAUUGCACAAUGCUGCAACUGCUGGACAUUGUGAAAUUGUAAAAUUGCUUCUCAAACCAAACCAUCAUUGUACUCCGCCUUGUAAAAUGACAUCGACUUGUGACGUGAAUGCUCGAUCGAAAGUCGGCCGUACGCCGCUUCACGAUGCUGUAACGAUUGGAAACCUUGACGUGGUGGAAAUACUUCUUGAAAAUAAUGCCAAUCCUAACUGUGCGGCACGUACAGACGAGUUGGGAGGUUUUGAAUAUCUGAGUGAUGAGAUGGCAGAUAUGGUGAAUAGUGUGAAUAGUAAUACUAUCACACCGCUUCAACAGGCCUGUUUUCUCAAGGAAAUUGACACAGUGAAGGUGUUGCUUCGUUUUGGUGCGAAAGAUGUCGGCAACAAGUGCCUUCAUCAUGCGAUUACGAAUAAGGAUCAAGAAAUUGCAAUGUUGCUUCUUGGAAAAGACGUGAACCCGAGCGAAGAGUAUAAUCUGCCCCAGAAAUUUCGUGAUAAACGCAAUGACUUAGCACCAGUCUCUAUCGUCUGGCAUAACUACGCACUGAACCAUAUUGAACCUGAAUGGCUGUUCGAGGCUCCGAAAUCAGUGCUAAGACCCGAGAUUUCCGCCACGUUAAACCACGCAAGCUUGGCUGCCACUAUUACAAACUUGGACAUCUCAAAAAACCGUCUCGAAAGUCUACCGAUAGAAAUUUUUCAGCUGCCAUCUUUAAAACAUCUCUCAGCUUCUCAUAACGAGAUCAGUUUGCUGCCAAUGGGAAAAGGUCAAGGAAACGUCGGGAGUACUUCGUCGGAUGACGUAUUUUCCGAAAGCGAGCCGUCGAUAUGGUAUUGUCCACACUUGGAGGAGAUUGAUCUGCAGAAUAAUAAUUUGAUGUCGUUACCAGGCUGUUUGUUUUUGCUCCCAGGAUUAAGAAUUUUGAACGCGAGUAAGAAUGAUAUUGGAUCUUUGCCAUUCGAUAUCUGGAACUCGCCAAAUUUGAGGAUAGUUUUACUCAGUAAUAACUAUAUCAAAGGAUUGUCGGUGCUUCCAAACGCCAGUGGCGUCUACAGUACUAUGAAUGGACGGAAACGAAGCAGCGGUGGCUCCGUGGAAAGAGAGCGUCAGAUCAUCCCUACCACCACCCCCUCCAGCUCGGAGCAUCGUAAUAGCCGAGGUACGGACAUGAAGGACGCCAAACCAGAUGUAGGUCGUCUCCAGAUCACCAGCUUUCGCUCGUGGCUCGGCGACGGUAACCUGGAUACCGUGUCAUCUGACGAAGACGAGGAACUGGACAAUCAGGCUGAAUGCCCGUUAGAGAAACUGGAUCUCUCGUUUAACCAGUUAGACAAGUUCCCAGUCGGUUUGCCGUGUCUGGCUCCUAAGUUAUCCAAGUUGUUGUUGUCAAAUAAUAAUAUCGCGACGUUCCCGCCAAUUCAGGAGAUCCCUGAACAUUUAUCUCAUCUGGAUUUAUCUGCAAAUAAACUAAAACUAUGUCUACCGAAUGCAGAGGAUAAACGAUGUGACAGGUUGUGUUACAGUCCGAUACAAAAACGUCGAGCUAGCAAAAAACGAAAUCGUAGCAGAACAUCACUGUCGUCACCAGUCUCUCGUAUGUGGUGUCGUCAUUGUAAACACAAGCGAUUACGUCAUAUGAAGCGUCUGGAACUUGACAAUAAUCAAUUACACGAAGUUCGUUUUCUUUACCUGGGUCGUUUACUCCACAAGACUCAAAGUAUGAAGAACAUUAAUCGCGAGGAUGAAACACCCGGUGGGGCUGUAAAGCCUACGGGAAAUAGUAGGGAAAAUAGCACCGGGGAGAUUUGUGUUUUCCCCAACCUCAUAUCUCUAACACUGAACGAUAAUAAACUGGAGUAUUUGACAGAUGAACUUGGAAAGCUCACUAAACUAGGCUCGUUAGAUGUCGGCAAUAAUCCGCUCACGAAGUCGCCCAGAUUACCACCAGCCAUAGGGAUGUUAGGGGACCUUUGGGACCUUAAUGUGAAAGGCUUGACAUUGCAUGAUCCACCGCCUAAUGUGCUGGAGAAGAAAACCAAGGCGAUCACCGGAUAUCUCCUGUCUGUCCUUGAUAAAUCGGAACCUUACCCAAGUAUGAAACUAAUGUUUGUUGGUGUUUCAAACAUUGGCAAGAGCACGUUGUUAACAAAGCUUACGAAUGGUUAUAUACCCAGAGGUUGGCUUGAACGCAGAGAGAUCAAGAGGACACCAAGCAAAGCUAGAAAGACAGAGAACGUGUCGACAGUCGGAGUUGAUGUUGCAGAAUGGGUGUAUCCCAGUCAAGCUGGCUCAGUCUUUAGAAAUACUAAACCAAGUAUCACAUUUAGUACGUGGGAUUUUGGCGGUCAGAAAGAGUAUUAUGCGACCCAUCAACUUUUUCUAUCUCAUCGCGCUCUUUACCUCGCGAUCUGGAAACUCACUGAUGGCGAAGAAGGAGUGAGGAAUUUGCUUCCUUGGUUGUUGAAUAUACAGGCUCGAGCGCCAGACUCGGUCGUGAUUAUCGUCGGCACCUUUUACGAUCAGUUGACGACGGCACAGCAAAAGAAAAAUGGUUUUGUCGAUCGUAUGCAUAAGUUGAUUAGCCAACUGUAUGUAGGCAGGGAUCUGGAUGGGGGCGUCGGAGUACCUCGUGAACGAGGACUACCGAGAGUUGUCCGAAUGGUUGACGUGAGCUGUACGACUGGUCAUCAUAUCAACUUACUUCGCGAGAUGAUUUAUACCACAGCUUUGGAGAUUAAAGGACCUGGAGGCCAUAGUUUACUCGAAGAACAGUUAAUACCGGCCAGUUAUCUUGCCGUGAAAACGGCGGUGUCAAAAAUAAGACAGGAAUGUUGCGAGACGAAUCAAACUCCUGUAGUGAGGGCUGACGUGUUCAGGCAAAAAGUGGAGCUUGAAUUGGAGUCGAAGGGGGUGAAACUACGAAAUGAUGAAGAGCUGGAACAAGCUUGUCAGUUUCUUCACGAUAAUGGCAUAUUAUUGCAUUAUGAUGAUCCGUCACUUUCUGGCUUGUAUUUUCUCGAUCCUCAGUGGCUGUGCGAUAUGAUGGCUCAUGUUGUCGCGAUACGAGAUGUGAAUCCUUUUGUACAAAAUGGCAUCCUGCGAUUCUCUGAUCUUUCCCAGUUAUUCCGUAGCGAUCGUUUUCCCUCGAAGUUUAUACACGAAUACGUGGAUCUCUUGAAUAAAUUCGAAGUGGCUUUGCCUUUCAUUACAGACCACUUGCUGGUUCCAUCAUUGCUGCCAGAACAGCAAAUUGUAAGUCGGAAUGCAGUGUCACCUGGUAUUAGCAACAUGGUUGCUAGAGCUAUGAAUAUGGCGGCGUAUACUGAGAACAGAGUGUUGAGACGACAGUACUUGAUGUCGUAUGUGCCAAGUGGUUUCUGGGCCAGACUCAUCACAAGAGUGAUUAACGACAAACAGUUGGAAGCAGUUGUAAUCGAAUGUACGAAAUUUAUCAAGGAUGGGGAAACUGUGGAUAUCGAGGGUCGCGAGAUGACAAAGAUUGUUCGCCCCGAGUGGUCAUGUUGGAAGACUGGGCUUGAAUUAUCAUGUUUUGGUGUCAAACUAUUACGUAUAAGCCAACUACAGAAAACGCCUUUCUAUGGAUGUCCUGACGAAAACCUGACAGUUCAAAUUUUGAUCAAUGGCGAGGAACGCGACACAUCGAGUUCGACUGUGGUUGAGGUCAUCGCACCAAGUGUCAUGAUUGAGUUGGAAAAAUUUGCUGUAAAAACCUACACUGGAGUGCGUGUGAAGUCGGUCAGUGACAGGAGCAUUCAAAGUGCUGGACGAUUUCUGGCUUUGAUCAUUCAACAUAUUGAUACACUGCUCCAGGACUGGUAUCCAGGCCUCGAUACAACCAACAUUUAUGGUGAUAACUUGGUCUCAAGACUUGUGCCAUGUCCCAAGUGCAUUUGUCGAAUCAUUUCAUUUGGAAAUGCACAAUCACCUCGGCACCAACGUCGGAACGAAUCGGAUCAAAACGGCGACGAGGAAUAUCCGAGCGGUGCUUCGCCAUCUCGUAGUACUUUCUACGUCAGCACACCUGAAAAUGGUGAUCAGUCCCCACGUGAUACAACAUCGCCUUCCUCUGAUAGCGGGUCGAGCAGUGGCCUGGGUACUGAUAAUAGCUUUGUGACUGUUGAUCCUGAUGAUUUCUCCAGCGAAUCCUCCCCAGUCCCUCACAAUGGUAACCCCGACAGUGAUGAUUCCGUACAUGAUUCAUCAGGUAGCGAGCCUGAGCAAUCUAGCGCUGGUUCCCAGACUUCUGGUGUUCCGCCGAGUCCACGGCACGGUAGUAGCACUGGUGAGCGGUUGAUAGCGACUUUUGAAUUUGAGGAAUGUGUCGUAGUAUCUCAUACAGCUGAUUACAUGACGUGUCCUGUUGAUGGAGAAUUACCGCUGGAGGAAUGUGCCCCUGAUGUUGUUUUUGCUGAUAUCGCGCCAAAGCUCAGUUUUGAACCGAGCUGUGUCACACGCAAAAAGAAACUGGGUCAAGGUACGUUUGGUACAGUUUUUGCUGGUGAGGUUAAACAAGAUGGAAAAGUGAUGCAGGUCGCCCUAAAAAUGCCUUUGGAUUUGGAAACGGAUGAAAAUUCGACAGAGGAAGAAAAAGCUAACGCGAAGGCAGCCCAACGAAAAGUUGAAGAGGUUCCUCAACAAAUGUACACUGAUGCUUACAGAUCAAUACGUCAAGAGUUAUCCAUCCUCAUUGAUCUCAACCAUCCUCACAUCCUGCAGUUGAAAGGUUUUUGUUUAAAUCCGCUUUCACUUAUUCUGGAAUUUGCACCGAAGAAGAGCUUGGAUAAGAUUUUGGCCGAUUAUAAGAGAGCUGGCUCCCGUCUCGAUCCUUACGUGCUUCAGAAAUGUGUCGUUCAGUGUUCAGCGGCGCUGAAGUACCUUCAUAAACGUCAUAUAAUAUACCGUGAUCUUAAGUCGGAAAACAUUCUCGUGUGGAAAUUCCCCGGUCCAUUUUCGCCCAAUCAACCUACACAUGAGGUCAUAAUCAAGGUUGCCGACUACGGUAUUAGCAGGGCAGCGUCGAUAGCCGGUGCUAAAGGACUUGGUGGCACACCAGGUUUUAUGGCACCUGAAAUUGAAAAGUACUCUGGACGAGAAACAUACACUGAUAAGGUGGAUUCCUACUCGUUUGGGAUGUUUUUGUACGAGUUGAUCACUCAAAGUCAACCAUUCUCUGAUCUAAAUGCUGCUCAAAUCAAGCAACUGACAGUUGAAGGAAAAAGACCUCAAUUAACAUCAAAGGAGAAGCGUGCGCCAGUGUUUGCGCUGGAGCUCAUGUUAGGUUGCUGGUCUCCUAAUCCAGAAGAUCGUCCUUCAAGCAGCCAAAUCUACAACAUCUCAUCCUGCUCAGAGUUUCCAAGAUUACUCGAUGUUCUUACAUUUGAUGAAGAUCUCCAUCUUAAUAGAUCUGUGACCACUAGGUCACGCGAUUAUGCAGGUCAUGGUGCAGAUGGACAAUUGAGUAUUGGCAAAGAGUUGUGGCUGUUUCACACCAAAAUAAAGGAAGGGAAACAAAAAGAAACUGUGGAUGUUUUGUGCUACAGCAAUGGCCGUUCAAAUCACUUGGAAGAAUUUGUUGUGAGUGAGCUUGUUAUUCGUGUAGCGUGUAGUGUUGGGAACACGGUAUGGUUGGGUACUGACUCUGGUUAUAUCUAUGUAUACUGUGCUAUCACGUACAAACCAUUGUGCCAAGGUGCUUUGGUUUGUGAUAAAUACAUCAUGAGCAUGAUUCACGCACCAAAAUGCCACUGUGUCUUAGUGGCAUUGUAUAAUGGCAAUAUCAUGGCCUUCUCUGAUAAUGUCACAAGUCAUAACAAGUUUCGCGAGAGUUGUGAUCUAACUUCUCCUAAAGAUCUCUCUCCAUUGCGAACAUAUGUUGGAAGUAGUAUUGUCCACUGUUUGGCUGUAGUGGGAAUACCAAAGGGCAGUCAAAACGAAGACGGGACAGCACAACUCACGUAUGAGGUUUGGUGUGGUAGAGGCAAGGGAAGGAUCACAGUGUUGAAUGCGGAAACUUUACAAGAAAAACAACAGCUUGCUGCAGAAGAUUGUGAUCUUGAUAAUCCAAUACUCAACAAUUUGACUGUGACCACAUUACAAACAUGUCAGACGUACGGAGGAAGUAUAAAUGAAGUCGAUGCGCUCGCUACAUCAGUCUGGUUGGCUGUCUACCCUGGCACGUGCGUUUUUCGCUAUGAUGCACGUGAAAAACGCGUGGUGAAUAGCGUCGAUUGCUUGCAAAAUCGCCCCAGUGGUGAAGGUUCCCAUCAAAUUUAUCCAUCUGACAGAGCACGAAGAGUUACAGAGUCCCAGGUUCUGUCACUUUUGGUGGCAAAUCGUGAGCUUUACAUUGGUACGUCCAGUGGCUGUUAUCUCGUCUGCAACAGUCUAUCACUGCUUGUGUAUUCUGUAAUACGUUGUCAUAAAACCUUGGAAUGUCUGUUGCCAUUGACAACCACACCAGUCACGUGGAAUAUUGGAACCGAGGAGACUCAAAAAGAGCACAGCAGGCUCGUAUUGACUUCUGGGAAGGGUUAUAGAAGUAUUUGUACCGGUCGAGGAGUGAAUGCGCUCAGCAGUAACCUGCUCACCCCUCCUGAGAAGAGGAACGGUUCUGUUGUCCUCGUUUGGCUUGCCGAUGAACGCUGAAUUUUUUUUUGGUGGAAGCAUAAUCCGGUGAUUUGAUUGAUUGCCACGGCGAAGCGUUUUCUGAUAAUCUUUAAUCUCUGCCUCGCAGGUUUCCCUAUGCACUAAUUUGGCCAUCAAAAGAUGGUAUGAAAUAUUUGAAUCAAUAAACAUUUUAACACUAUUCUAACACUUAAAUAUUGUGAAAUUAAACACGAUAUUUUUGGAGUAUAAGACAUUAAGAAUUUUAAGACAAAUUCUAUUGGCCAUCCUGAUGUUGUAGUAGAGGAGGACUGGGGUGAUAUCAUGGUUGGCAAUGCAACAUGGGACUGUUUCCGGGACAUGAACGAAAUGUUCGUGUCCACGAUGCAUUGUGAGAUUCGCUGUUACCAGACUCCUACAGCAACGGAAGGUUCUUGGCGUCGAUGAUAUGACUUCAGUUGUAAUAAAUAGCCCAGUGAUCAUACCUUAGAUAACUCUCAAUUGUUUCCUAUGGCAAACCGCAUACAACGUAGCAUCAUCAUUACUCAUCAUCAUAUUUGUCUUUUCUUUGUAUUGACUCCAGUCAUUUAUGUCUGUCAUUAAUUGAGGUCAGGGAAUAAGACCCAUGAUUCAAGCAUGCAUGUGUCCACCAAACAAUACAGCUUAAGGAGGUUUAAAGUACAAAUACCUUCAACAAAAGAACCUUAGAAAUCACGGCGUGCAUUUGCAUGCUGUUCUCAACCCCCUACGCGUUUCUCAAACUUAUAAACGUUUUAUAACUGCGUGCUGAAGUUCGAAAUAGGUUAAAUGAUGUGUUUGUAACUGUAAAUUCAAAGAAAUAACGGUCUUUUAAAGUCUUUGUGUCCACUUAUUCAUGCAAUAUCUUUUGAAAGGAAGUUGAAAGGAAAUGCAAAGGCGCCGUUUUCCAAAGCAAUUGUAUUGUAUUUUUUGCGACAGCUGUGAACAGCGGGGUGUGUAGCUCGUUAUUAUAGACGAGUGGAACAUGUUUUCAGCUUUAGCGUUUGAUAACAUGUGCUUAAGGUACAUUAUAGGGCAUAGGAAUGACGAGGAUAAACUGGGUGUAUUAUGCUCGUCACACUCAAGAACGAAGACCAAUAUUGAAACAUUUCACACAAUAAUAUGCUUUAAAGAGAGCCGUUAAAUUAUGCACAUAUGCAGUGAAGUAUUCGUAAGAUUUUUACAUAACAAAAUACAGUCGUUUUGGCAUGGUAUCUUGGCUAUUACCCGCUGACAACAUUUAUAUACGCUAGACAAAUUUAAGAUUAAGUAAUAAUGAACACCGGUUGAGGAAACGCGGGCCUUGCAUUCAUUGCAUGCAUUAUAAUAGAAAGAAAAAGUCACCUUGUUAAUUCAAGAUUAUACUGUCACAUAGAAUCGAUGUGAAAUCACCUGUACACGUAUUUAGAGAGAAUUUCAAAUGUUGAACAAAACAUGUCAAGUAUGGAAUCAUUUUUUAGCGACCACGAGUAGUGUCACAGCAAGAAAAACGAAAAAAAUAACUCAUAGAGAUCAAUGCUUGUUAUGUAUGCAUGAUUAACAACUGUGGGAGAUUAUAUUUUAGCUUUUCCAACUUUGUUUAAAAUCUCUCUUGCUUUUCUUCCGGAAAUCUCUCGCAUUUGUAACAGAAAGUAUGAUAGCCAACUAGUCUUUGAAUUUUGCUUGGGAGACAAGGAACUUUGAAUCAGAUUUUCAUACUUGAGAUUGAAAGAGACGUUUAAGACGGUCUUUGAGAAUUACCCUCUCUCUCUCUCUUCUUUGUCAACAAUCAUUUGAGUAGAAAUAUAUUUGGACAAUUACUCCGAUGUUCAUUUGGACAAUUCCUAGUGC